UCACGGACGAAGUUUGCCACGACUUGGCCACAUUAUACCCUUCUUAGCCUUGGCCUUCAAAUUAGAACAAAAGGGUUACAACAUAAUCCUUGUGAACACACCUCUCAACAUCAAGAAACUCAAGUCAUCUCUCACUCCAAAUACCUCAAUUUCCCUUGUUGAGAUCCCUUUCAAUAGCUCUGAACAUGGCUUACCUCCAAACACUGAAAAUACGGAUUCACUUCCUUAUAAACCCUACGUACAUCUCAUCACAAUCUCCUCUUCUCUUGAGCCCUCAUUCAGAAAGCUACUCUUUGAUCUUGUUAAGGGUCAUGAUAAUGAUCAAAAGCCACUUUGUAUAAUAUCAGACAUGUUUUUUGGAUGGUCAGCCAAUGUAGCUCAUGAAUUUGGACUAUUCCAUGUCAUUUUCAGUGGGGCUUCUGGUUUUGGCUUGGCAUGUUACUACUAUUUGUGGCUUAAUCUGCCUCAUAAAAAAACAAGAAACUUUGCUUUUACUAUGCCGGACUUUCCAGAAGCUGGAAAUCUUGAUGUUAGUCAAUUGAGCCAAAGUCUUUUAGCAGCUGAUUCUACUGAUCCUUACACUAAUUUCAACAGGGAAAACUUUCUCAACUUUCUCAACUCUGAUGGGAUUCUUUUCAAUACUGUCGAAGAGCUAGACAGGCUUGGAUUAACAUAUUUUCGUCGUAAAUUAAGCCUACCAGUUUGGGCAAUUGGACCAAUACUUUGGCCAGUGACAGUGAGUGAUAAAGGUAAAGAUGCCCCAGAGAAAUGCAUCAAAUGGCUUGACCAAAAAGAAGCAAAGUCAGUGCUUUACAUUUCUUUUGGCUCCCAAAGCACAAUUUCAGAAUCACAGAUGAUGGAACUGGCAAAAGCCUUAGUUGAUGCUAGUGGAAUAAACUUUAUAUGGGUUGUUAGACCUCCUUUGGGUUUUGACAUAAACAUGGAGUUUAGAGCAGAAGAAUGGCUCCCAGAGAGAUUUCUUCAGUGCAUUUCGGAGGAUCAAAACAAGGGAAUCCUAGUGUCAAAAUGGGCUCCUCAGGUUGAAAUCUUGGCCCACAAAUCAGUUGGAGCAUUCUUGACUCAUUGCGGAUGGAAUUCAGUGCUCGAAUCACUUGGCAAUGGAGUUCCGCUUCUUGGUUGGCCUAUUUCAGGAGAGCAAUUCUAUAAUGCAAACAUCUUAGAGCAAGAUCUUGGUGUUUGUGUUGAGGUGACAAGAGGGGGUAAUUCUGAGGUUAAGUAUGAGGAUGUAUUGGAAAAGAUUGAAUUGAUUAUGGGGGAAAAUGACAAAGGAAAAGAAAUUAGAAGGCAAGCUUGUGAGAUUAAAGAAAUCAUAGGAAACGCUACUAUAGAUGAUGAAGAAGCAGAUUUCCGAGGGUCUUCUGUAAAAGCAAUGGAAGAGUUUCUUAAUGCAGCUUUCUCCACUAAGUAG